CAACCGCCGUCGCCGUCAGGUGGCGGCACCGCUCUCCAACACCGCCUUGGGCUGCUGUCGAUGAUGGGCAAGGAUGCGCUCGUCUCGUCGCUCGCCACCCGGGAAGCCGUCGAUCAAGGACGUCGAGACCUGCCACCGUCCGCCAAAAUCGCCCCUCCCGCUCCCCCACAGCCGCAAGAUACGAGUUUAGCAGGCCAUGGGAGCGGGGGGGCCGCAGGAGCUGGGGGGCCGGGGGACCUGCACAUGUUCGCAGCAAUGUUCCCUACCCACGAGGAUGUGGAAGCCACUCUUCGUGCCAAGCGCCCUCCUGACAAGACGCCGGACCUUCCUCACUGCCUCGCCAGCGACCUCCGAGUGCCGAAAACGUUCAAGGAGGCCAUGCGGUCUCAACAUUCAGAGUUGUGGGAUGAUGCAGUCGGUCGUGAGUUUUUCGGUCUGCUGGAUGCAGGUACUUUAAGUCCGGUGUAGCAACCAGUAGAAAUUUCAUCAACCGCCAAGUGGGUAUUCAACUGUAAGGCAGACGAGUACGGAUGGCCGACGAA